AUGUCGCAUCAACAGCGCCCCGAAUCAAAAUCGGGUGUCAGUUUCAGGAGCAAGAAGAGCCACAAGAGCAAUGAAUCCCAAAGUUCUGUCCACUCACCGGAAAAAAAGACGGCCACUCCAGUUCUGCACACCAAGGCCGACCCUACCCUGGCCAUGUCUGAGGCCGAACCUGCUGUCUUGGCCCAGACACAGGAAAAUAGUUUGGAAUCUCUGCGCGGACAGACCUGGCGAGAUUCGCAUGGCAAUGUCAUUGCGGAGCCUGAUCGCUCGAACCCAACACGUAGUCGAUGGGAGCGACCGCUCGACACCAUUCGAUCUUUCGAAGCUGCCAUUGAAGGUAGUCAGCGUAAAUCUGUUCCUCGAGCUGAUUCUUCGGACGGAAUGAAUGGCAUGUAUUCGCGACGUAACAGCUCCCAUCAAGGGUUGAAUAACUACAACAGUGGGCGCUACUCGCAAGACGCGGGGUAUUACUACGGCAACCGAGCUGGUUCACGUCCCGACAGUUUUGGUGGUGAUGGGUAUGGCACACCGUAUGCGGGACCUAGCCGAUCGCCGCGCUAUGGCCAACGCAUGAAUUCCGACCCCAUGCUCGCAAAAUACAACUCGGGCCAAGGCGUGUACCCAACUCAUGGAUAUCAGCAAUCUUACGAUACCGUUACAACUGGUGCCUCGGGAAGCAGCCAGAUGACAGAGCCAUGGGGCAAUUCGACUGAUCCGAGCAGCGAAAACAGCUCCAUUGACCGCAUGCAAACAUCGAGCAAGUCAGACGUGGGCGAUGCCUUUGGAUUUGGGGGCUUUGCCGGUUCUCCUCCAAUUUCAGACUCUGGAUUUAAUUCAUACCCAUAUGCCGGCUCUCCUCCCGCAAGCCCUCCUAAAAAUUUGCCAGCCGAUCCAGCUACAAGUCAGAAUACGACUCCUCGUCCCGUAAUCAAGUUGGGCGGAUCAACAAAUUCUUCGGGAACCAUAACCACGACUGGAAAGCAAGCAGCUUCCUCCAAAGUAUCGUCACCAAAGGAGGACCGUCCCAAGAGUUGGCUAAAGAAGCGAUUCAGUCGAGGCUAA